CAAGGGAAGCUGUGUUCUGAGACCAGGUUCUAAGGAAGUCUUGGUUUAUAUGCUAAAGUUAGUUUUGUGUAUGAAGCACAUGCAGAACAUCUCGAGCAGUGGGCUUGUGAUGAAACUAAAACCACAAGAAUUGAAGGUUGGCUGAAGUGGAUGAGCCAGAAACAGAAAUUAAUUGGCCCAGAAUGACAAUCUGACUCUCCCUGUAUACAUACUCCAAAGAGUAGGGAGAAUGUUUUUGAAAGGACACUUUUUUUUUAAAGCAGGGUAGAUGCUGAGAAAGAAAAAACCUUGUGGUAGAGACGGGCAGAGAAGGACGGAGCAGCUCGAGGUGCCGCUGGGCCUGCUCUGGGUCCAGUGCAGAGUCUACUGGUCACGCAUCAGAGAUGAGAGGGAAGGCCCCCCCGGCGUCCUCACCCUCUAGUCUGCAUUGUCACCUGAUCGGGAGCUGGUUUGGUAGCACGAAGGCCCCGUCCACCAGUGUAUCGUCCUGUUUGUAUUCAGUUCCUAGGUUUGGUUUAUUCCCUGGACUGUCAGAUUUCGAGGAAAUACGUCUCCGAUCAGUGACGGAUUUACAGUAAUUGGGCCCCAGACUGUUUUAGCCUGUCCACUUAGAAUGAGAAUUGGAAGAAGUUAAAUACACACAAAAACAUCAAUAAAGUCUUCUGAAAGAUGCGCCUGUGAUUGGAAUAGCCCUCCUCACAAGACUUGGGUGCUGGAGCCUCCGUGGCACCAAGAGGCGUUCCCGUAACGUUGGGCCUGAUGUGGGCGUGAGCCUGGUUCUGAGGUUCUGUGGCCCUGGGCCGUCACGUACCUUCUUUGGCCUCCUUUCUGAUCUGGUAUAAAAAACCAACAGAACACCUUUGAGGAAAGAUGCACAGGUUUCUCCAGAUCUCACGCUGCUCUUGUCCUGUGAGCGAGUGUGUCUUCAUCCUGCGGGAUCACGGCCGUGGUGCCUGGAGAGGAAAGCCUGUGAUGCGGUGCUUUUUCUCGUCCUCCUUUUUUAAACAUACUAUUUGUGGGAGCUUUAGUCGAUAGGAUUCUUACUUUUAAUCAGAAAAACAUACCAGGUGGAAAAAAUAGGGUGGAUGUGCAAGAAUGGUUUCUCAGUAUUAUACCCCAUCAGAAAUGAAGUGUCCCAGAGGUGGCAUCUCGGGGGAAGAUGUUCACUUUUAGGUUUGAGAAACUGCUUUAAAACAGACCUGUUUUUGAAAAGGCAGUGCCUUAGCUUCAUCAAUGAAAUAGCAGAGCUUACAACCUCGGACCGCUUGGGGCUCCUGUGUGGUGCCGCGGCGGCCGCCGGGCCCUCUGAUGGGGGAGCUGCCCCCCGCCUUGUAAUUGUGGACUUACUUUGUCUGCCACCUUGCAGAUUCUGGGAUGGCAGGUGAGGCCCAUGUCUGACCGGUGUGCCCACACCCCCGGCACGUGCCUGGCACCCUGGGCUCCUCAGGUACCGGCACUGACUGGGGUUGGUCUCUCCGGGUGUGUCCAGGGUGACCUGAGCAGGGUGCACUUCAUCCUUUGUGGAGCCGUCGUGUCUGCCAUCUGAGUUAGGAACUACCUCUGUGUGAUGAGAAUCCUCCACAAACAGAUCCUCGGACAUGUUCAGGGGAAAACAGAAGGACCGCGCGAGCCUCCCUCUGUCACGGGGCUUUGGGCGCGGAGACAAAACCGAGCUGACUUAGAACAUGAAUGAUGUGCCCCUGGGCGGUGGAAGUCACCGCGGGGACUUGCUGCCCUUACUCCACACAGUUCCUGAUGUUUGGCUUUGGAUUCCGGAUCUUAACCAAGAGCCCUCUCUAUGGCUCCAGGAUGGGCUGGUCCCUCGGCCUGCCGUGAGCAGCGUGUUGUCCGGUAGGAGACCCCCGGCCGCCAUCCCUGUCGCCUCACGGAGCCAGCGAGGAAGAUGGGCGGGUCGAGGAGCCUCCUGCCUGUGUGCUUUCUGCCUUCUGUGCCCUUCCUAAUCCUGGUGUCCACUCUGGCAACUGCUAAGAGCCUGGCCAACAGCACUUUAAACGGCACGGACAUGGUCGCCGGCUCUGCGCCUGUGGUCACCGCCAGAACCGACCACGUCAUUGUCAGGGAGGGGAACAGUGCCUUGAUUAACUGCAGCGUGUCCGGCGUCCCCGAGCCACAGUUCAGGUGGUACAAUUCCAUCGGGAAGCUGCUGGAGGAGGAGGAGCGAGAAGGAGGAAAGUGGCAGAUGCACGGCGGCCUCCUGAACAUCACCCAGGUGUCUUUCUCAGACCGAGGUAAAUACACGUGUGUGGCCUCCAACGCCCACGGCUCCACGAACAACUCGGUGACGCUGCGGGUCGUGUUCACAUCGGGGGACAUGGGCGUGUACUACAUGGUGGUGUGCCUCGUGGCCUUCGCCGUGGUCCUGGUCCUCAAUGUCACCCGCCUCUGCAUGAUGAGCAGCCACCUGAAGAAGACGGAGAAGGCCAUCAACGAGUUCUUCCGCACGGAGGGCGCCGAGAAGCUGCAGAAGGCCUUCGAGAUCGCCAAGCGCAUCCCCAUCAUCACCUCGGCCAAGACGCUGGAGCUCGCCAAGGUCACCCAGUUCAAGACCAUGGAGUUCGCCCGCUACAUCGAGGAGCUGGCUCGCAGCGUGCCGCUGCCUCCACUGAUCAUGAACUGCAGGACCAUCAUGGAGGACAUCCUGGAGGUGGUGGGGCUGGAGGAGCAGGGUCAGAACUUCGUGCGGCAUGCGCCCGAGGGCCAGGAGGCCACCGAUGGGGACGAGGUCUACACCAUCCCAGACUCCCCGAAGAGGAGCGACUCACCCACUGGUGACUCAGACGCCUCGUCGCUGCCUGAGCACCCCCAGCAGAUCGCCAUCAAGGUGUCCAUCCACCCUCCGUCCAGGAGGGAGCACGCGGAUGCCCACGAGGGCGCACCAUUCCCGGCGGAAGAGGAGGAGGACACAGAGCCGUCGGCUGAGCGGUCCCCGGAGUCCGCCGAGCCCUCCACUGACGUCACGUCCGCGGCGCUGACCUCUGAGGAGCCCACGCCAGUGGAGGUCUCAGACCGGGUCCUGCCGCCCCCUCUCCUGGAGGCCGCGGAGCCAGCCGGGGUGCGGGACAGAGAUGCCUGUGUUGUCUAUGAAAGCCAUGUCUAACAGCCACUCCAGGAGCUGUGCACAUCUGGAGAAUCAGGGGCUGCUCCUCGCAGUACUGACCUAGUCCUCACUCGCCGCUAAGCCUUACAGGAGACACUCACCCCGCAGAUGGAGGAGGUGCCGUGUCACCGGGAGAGACACCUGUGUACCAUUGGUGGUGGCUGGCACUUCCCCAGGAAAACAGAAUGUGAGGGACCUCAGGGUGCAGAGUCGAGGACGUCUGUCCGCGUGAUCCCAAGUCCAGAGGCUGUUCUCUGCCAAAUACCUUAAUCGGUGAUGCCCAUGUGGCAAAGAGUCCCCGGCUGUAAGAUGACCCGAGUUCAAGAGCCCUGUCCGAUGCAUCCCUUGUGGCUUUUCCUUUGAGCGGUUCCAGGUCUGCUUUGAGAGCAGCUGCACAUCGUCCGUGGGUCUGUUGCACUUUCUUCUCGGUUUUCGCUCCCGUCACGUCCCUUUAAAACAGAGUCAUUGUUCUGCGAAUGCUAACCGUCCCUUCCGUUCCAUCCUCUUUGCCACUUUGUCCUUCCGUCCCCCCAGAACAUUUACCUCGGGGGCUUUGGUGUCAGGGCUGCCACCUGCAAGUCACCUGCGAUGUUCCAAAGCGGUUACCAGCCUUGUGAUUUCUGUUGGGUCCCCAGGCUGGUGUCAUAUGUCACCCUUUUUGUUUCCGAUGAAGCUGCUGUUGUGAAACUCAGAAAAAAACAAAAAAACACCUUGCCCGAGAAUAGCACUUUAAUAGCCAGAUAGAAAUGUGUUUACCCGUCCGAUUCUGGGAGCCUUUUGGUGAGCUCAGCUGAGCUUGGAGAGAGACUGUGAGGCAGGGCACACCCCACCUGUCCGUGGGAAGCAUUGUCUUUACGUUUUAGUCCCGUCAUCCCCACACGAGGCUGCUGCUUCCUCUGGAAACGUGUUGCUUCCAAAGACAGAGCCAUCUGAUGAGUCAGGUUAGAGCGGGGUCUCCGCGAGGGCUGGCAGGGACCGCGUGCCGUCAGGUGGCUCAGACACUUGAUUUGGGGCCUUAAGGGUGAGGUCUGUGGGGUUACAGAGCCAGGCCCCCACUUGUGACGCGGAGAGCAUUAGUCCAUCCUCGAAGGAGAGAAAGUUUAGCGUGAUAGCAUCGAAUCGCAUGCCAAAUUUCUCGAAGUAAGUUUUAGUCCCACCAGAAAGCAGUUGCACAUGAGGCAGAGAGACGUUGCAGGAGGGGGACGGAGCCGGUCAUCCGAAGGCCAGCGCCUCACCUGGCUAGGGGGCGACCACCGCGGGGUUUGGGCGAGCAGGUCUCAGCUCCGUAUCUCUCAGAGGGACAGACCAGCCGGGCUCUGAGUGCCACUUAGAUGGUCUCACUGUCCCCCAGAACCAAACCAGUGAGGUCGCCCCGCUCUUCUCUGCAGUCAUGGUAAAGAUUUCCACUUCCGUGGUUCUCCUGACAGUUCUUCUGCUGAAAAUUAGUAUUAAUGCGAAUAAAGAGAGUUGGUCUCAGAGGACUCUGAGCUCUCUCAGCAAGUUGUGGCUCUUCUCCCCCCAAAGUUGCCUCCCGUUCAGACGCAGCCGUGCUAAGAGCGAAGGGGAUUUACUUCCGUUGGUGGGCGGGGGAGCCGUCAUGAGGGUCGCGGCCACACCGUGGGCCGUGGGCCUCACUGACCGCGGAAGCACAGCCCUGAUGUCCCGUCCUCACUCUGGCUGUCCGGACAAGUGACCUUAGACGCCCCCCUUGGUCUGAUCCCUCUCAUCUGCACGACGCGGAGGUGGUACAUCGGGUUCAGAGAUCUUGUUUUAUGGAAGGUGUGUAACCCCCCCCCCAUUGACCCCUUUCCUGAGACAAGCAAUACUGGGAGCGGAAGUGGGCAGGUGACGGGUUGCCCAUGGGGUGGGUGCUUUUGCUGCGCAAACUUUACAGCCAAUGAAUGUAUCUGGCCCUGUAGCUGAGGGCAGAGGGCUUGGCUGGAGGGCCUUCUCUGUCUAUAGAAAACCAGUGUGGGAGGUGGGAGGUGAGCCAACAAGGCGCAGACUUGGAUCAGAUACGUCCUGGCCUGGAAUGACCUGCUGCCAUCUAGUUAGGAGUGUCUUGGGCGGUCACAUAAAAAGUUAGUGCUGAACAACCAGGAGAUUCCUGGAGUCCCGCUUCGGCUCUCUGGUCGAGGGUCUGCUGUAUUUGAGUGGCAGGAAAGCUUUAUCUCCAGCUCUCAGAGCAUAAUCAUUUCCGCUUGUCCUGAUGUUGGCAGGUGCUGAUUUUGUGACACUGUAUGACUUCCUCCCACGGUGUCCAGUCUGCGCCACCAAAAUCCACGUAGUUACAGGAAAAGGUGUCUCUCCCAUCUAGACACUGACUAGGGGUAGAAAGUUUAAAACAGGCAGAUUUUUUUAUGAAGCAGGAGCAGGAAUGUGUGACCAAAGAAUGUUUUCAGGUUGGUUUUAGCUUCUUUAGACUGGGGAGAUUGUGUAGAUUUUCAACAUGCUCCCUGUCUUUGAGGCGUCGGAAAGCUCUUGACAGGGUGACAGCCGACCAAAAAGGAGGCUGGCUCCCAACGCAGGUUCCUCCGUCCGGAGAGUCUCCGCUCUCCUCCCCUCCUGCGGUGUCUCUUUGGAGUGACAAAGGCUCUCCUGCUGGAACUUGGAAUCCACGACCUCGUGACUUCCAGCUGAUUUUUCAAAGAUGAGUUAACCCCUUCCGCUUCAUGGAGAUUCAUGGACGUACGGCUGCAUGUGUGUGUCUGUGUCUGUACACGCACACAGACACACACACACAUCAGACUCAUUCGGGCAGUUUUUAAGAGCUCAACUCUAAAUCCCAAGCCAUGUCCUUUGGGUUUUUCUGUCGUCAUUCUCAAAAGCCAACAGUUUCUGGCUUCUGAGUCAUCGGUCAUAUCUCUAGCGAUUUUUUUUUCUUGAAAUUCUGAAAAUGAUUCAGAUAUGUGUGUGUAUUUAAUUCACUGAGAUGAUCUGUAAACUUGGAUGGUAUUUAUUCUAAAUGGGGAAAAAAGCAAUUUUAUACUGCAAAUCUAUGUAAUUUAUAAUGGUUUUGUUUUAUAUAUUAUAUUUUCAUAUCUUUAGGGCACAUCUACUAUUCUCAUCUUUUUGUACAUCAUACUUGACAGAAAAAAAAAUACUAAUACUUGACGAAAUCUCUAGGAACCAAAUGUGAUAUACGUAACGUGCAGAAGUCGCUCUGAAAACCCCUGCGUGUUCUCGCCCACCGAGCCUGCUGCGCCGUGUGACCCGUUACACCCGGAAGCAUUGGUCUCAGAGGCUGAUGAGCAUUUCUUGUUUCAAAGCCUAGGUCAGAGGGCCUGACAUCCCACACACUGGAGUCCAGAAUCCUCCCUUUUUUUUUUAACAUUUUUUUUAUUGAGUUAUAGUCAUUUUACAAUGUUGUGUCAAAUUCCAAUGUGGAGCACAGAAUCCUCCCUUCUUUGUCUCUUUAUUGUGCGUUUCAGUUUUUAAUUGCAGAAGGCCGUGUUGUUGAAGCUGCCCUUUCAAGGGCACACGUGAGGUAAGAAAGCACCUGGUGGAAGGGCUGACGUGACCUGCGGCUCCGUAACGCGUUCCCUGGGCUGACGACGUUCUGCGUCGCGUGCUUGGAUUGUUAUUUUUUGGUGACCCGGGAUCUGUUCAGCUCUAGCUGGUGAAGGAAACGUGGGGCCCAGGGAAUAUUUGCAUGUCCUGAGCAGACAGCACAGACCAGCUCAGCCGGGCACGGCCAUCCCAGGCACUGGCGCUGCCGUGUCAGAAAAGCAGCCCCGACUCCGUGUGCUCGCAGGCGGGGCGACAGGGCUGCACCAGGGUGAGGCCCCUGAGUGGCAGCCCCUGCGGCGCUGAGACCAGGGAUUUCCUCCAGCGUUUCCCUGGGGGAGAAAGUAGAGCAGUUACCGUAACGUUCAGAUGCUCCACAGUGCGGCGACCAUCCUGGACCUCUCCUCGCAAACGUUUUUGCAGUCCCUUAAGAUCAUGAUCCCUGUUUCUGUUCUUUUUAAACUAAUUCAUGGGUUCUCUUUCAGUGUCUACCGAGUCGCAUCGUAUACUCACACACAUAGUUUGAGCACCUGUUACCUUCAAGAAAUUAAGUCAUUUUUACGUUCACCAAUUCAUUUAAAAAUCCUUCAGUAGAUAACAAAGUUCACUUUCCUAAUGACUCUUAGGGUUCCUACAGUGAUUAAUAAGGUUUGGAUUAAGCAAAUCAGUGGUGGGGAAAAGAAUCAAAUAAAACAGAAUUGCUCAUUAUGCUUUCCUGAGGACUGAGUGCUUGUUAUACAAGAAAACCUCGUAUGGAGGUGACCAGGAUCUUUAAUUGAGACUUUUUUCUUAGAGAUGCCAUUUUUCAGGAGGCUAAUGCUUAGAUGACCACAAUCAAAACUGAAGCUCGUAGAGAAAGUAAAAGCAGAAAGCAAAAAGUUCUCAGAAUAUUCCGGCGUGAAUUACUUUUAUCUCACUGGGAAUGGAAACCUUCCAGUGUCCCUCAGACACCCUGGAGCUGCCUGCAGUGAGUCGGGGUCACGGGAGGUACUUGUUCCUGCGUCCCAUGUGCUGAACCUCUGGGUCUAGACAUCCUUUGUGAAAACCGGAAAACCAGACGGGAAAAUGUAUCUGGGCGGAAAUGUCAAACUGUUGAUUUGUGAAUUGUAACUUUUAAAAACUAAUUGAAACAUGUAAACCAAUGACUAAUAUUUAAGCUGAUCUAGCAGCAAAGGAAAAAAAAAACCCUGAAAAUCCACAUGACCCAUCCUGUAUUUUGAUUGUUGCUUUAAUAAAGGAUCUGCACUGGUG